AUGGAAAACCAUGAUAUCAACGAAUGCGUUUCUGAUCCUUGCUUAAACGAUGCCGCAUGUGUCAACGGUUUGGCAAAAUACACGUGCCAGUGUGCAGUUGGUUGGACCGGAACGAACUGUGAAACUGACAUUAACGAAUGCGCAAGCGUACCAUGUAGGAACGGUGCUACCUGCACACACGGUCUGGACGCCUACCAAUGUACAUGUGCACCCGGGUACUCGGGAGUUAACUGCGAUACAGAUAUCAAUGAGUGUACUUCCAAUCCAUGUGUUAACGGCGCCACGUGUGUAGAUGCCAUCAACGGCUUUAAUUGCGUGUGUGUGUCCGGAUAUACGGGAGCCCAGUGCCAGACCGAUAUAAAUGAAUGUGCAACAGUUACUUGCGAAAACGGGGCGACUUGUGAUGACCUUAUUAACGCCUACAGAUGCAGAUGCGUUACUGGGUUCACUGGAAAUCUAUGUCAAACAAAUAUAAACGAUUGCAUUGGAAUCGUCUGCAACAAUGGCGGUACAUGUGUCGAUCAAGUGAACAACUACGCAUGCAACUGUGUGUCCGGGUACAGUGGAAGUCACUGUAACACAAAUAUUAAUGACUGUAUCUCAAUCACAUGCGCGAACAAUGGCACCUGCAUUGACAAAAUCAAUAGCUUCAACUGCGCUUGCGCACCAGGAUGGACUGGAACGCUUGCCAGACGGCCGGUACAUGUGUGA